AUGGCCAACGAUGAUCAAUCAGCUCAGUCUGAAAUUCGGUCUCUGAAUCCAGAUAAUUCUUCAUCUCGUGACAAUCAAGAUUCCCAGAGAAACAAUCAAAGAAGUCCACUUGAGGAUCCUGCCAAUCCCUACUAUCUUCACCACGGUGAUAAUCCAAGAAAUACUCUGGCAAUGCAACUUUCAAUCUCUGUUAAGAACAAGAUAGGAUUCCUUGAUGGUUCUAUUCCUAAACCCUCUCCUACUGAUUUUGUUAUGUAUAAUGCUUGGGUUAGAAAUAACAAUAUUGUCAUUUCUUGGAUUUUAAUAAAUUCUGUUUCUAAGGAAAUUUCUUCUAGCAUACUCUAUGAUGACAGUGCUGCUGCUAUUUGGAAUGACCUUAAAAUGAGAUUUCACCAAAGAAAUGGUCCUCACAUAUACAAUCUAAGAAAGGGUUUGAUGAAUCUCAAACAAGAAGCUCAAACCGUGAGCAUGUACUUCACCAAACUGAAAACUGUCUGGGAAGAACUCUCCAAUUAUCGACCUUCAUGUACUUGCAAUGGUUGUUCAUGUGGAGGAGUCAAGAAACUUCAAGAACAUCACCACAUGGAGUAUAUAAUGUCCUUUCUCAUGGGACUAUCUGACAACUAUACUCAGGUUCGAAGCAGCAUCUUGCUGAUGGAUCCAUUGCCUGAAAUGAAUAGAGUUUUCCAUCUUGUUUCUCAAGAAGAACAUCAGAAAGGAAAUACUAUAGGAUAA